CAUUCUGUAAACUUUGAUAAACCUGCUGUGCUAUAAGUGAGGGCUGCAUAUGAGCGACUCGACAGUUGUACUCUGUCUCGCUCUCGUGUCGGGUUAUAGACGGAUUGGAAACUAGCGUAAGACAAUGUGGGAGUGUGGAGUUACAACAGUUGCCUCAUUUCUAGCUGUUGUGCUGGCUGUGUCGUGGCUGUUGACGCGGCGGCGUUCUGGACUUCCCCCAGGGCCCCCUCUCCUCCCGUUUUUGGGGAACGCCCUGUCUAUGGGCUCUGAUCCCCGGGUCACGUUUAAGAACCUCCGACAGAAGUAUGGCGACAUCUUUAGUGUGUAUGUCUUCCACCAGCCCCUCAUAGUCCUCAACGGCUACAAUGUUAUAAAGGAAGCCAUUGUCAAGAACGCCGACGUCUUCUCAGAUAGACCACAUUCUUUUAUAACUGAGUUUGUAGCACGGGGAAAAGGAGUUAUCGGAACCUCCGGGGAAUUGUGGCAUGAACAGAGGCGAUUUGCUCUCAACACUCUGCGAGAGUUUGGGGUGGGAAGAACCGUCAUGGAAGACAAGAUAAACCAGGAAAUCGCAGAGUUUGUGGCAGCCGUGGAGGAAGAGAAAGGCCAGGGUUUUGACAUUAAGCGUCUUGUGCAUAACGCUGUGUCUAAUGUCAUCUGUUCCACUGUCUUUGGCAAACGUUUUGAAUAUACAGACCCUCUCUUCGUCACAUUCCUGACAGCAAUGGAAGAGAAUUUUGAAAACACCACAGCAGCUGGGUUAUUGAACAUUUUUCCUCUUGUUCGAUUUUUGCCUGGAGAUCCGUUCCGGUUCAAGAAAACCAUGAACAAUGUCGAUAUAGUGGACAAUCUUCUGAUUGAUCCUUCAAUUAAAGAUCACAUAAACAAUCACGAUGACGACAACCUGGACGACUUCAUCCACGUAUACCUGAAGGAGAUGCGACUUCGCCAACAGAAACAAGACACCACCACGUUAGACUUGGAGAAUCUGGCUCGGACCAUUGCUGAUCUGUUCGUUGCUGGCACAGAGACAACGGCCACCACAAUACGCUGGACACUGGUCUACUUCCUGAACUACCCGGAUGUUCAGGAGAAGUGCUUUCAAGAAAUCCAGGAGAACGUUGGUCAGAGCAGACGGCCCUCCAUGAAAGACAAGACGAACCUUCCCUACGUGGAGGCCACCAUUAUGGAAGUGUUGCGAUAUGGUAACAUUGUCCCUACUGGUGUCCCUCACGCCGUUCCACAUGAUGUCCAGUUCAGAGGCUACACCUUCCCAAAAGGCGUCACAGUUAUCACGAACCUUGAUUCAGUCCUUCAAGACCCGGAUUUAUGGAGAGACCCGCAAACUUUUAGACCUGACCGUUUCCUUGACGACGCAGGCAAGAUUCAAAAGAGGGAUGAAUUCAUCCCCUUUUCUCUGGGUCGAAGAGUUUGCCUGGGGGAGUCGAUGGCCCGGAUGGAGCUCUUCUUAUUCCUCACUACCAUGAUCCAGAGGUUCCAGUUCCUCCCGGUGGACGGCCAGAAGCCGCCAUUAGAUGGGAAAAUGGGAAUUACACACAUGCCACAACAGUUCCAAGUAAAAGCUGUUCCCCGGAACUAAUACUGUUCGGAUCAGUAUAGGGGUCACAGUCAACAAUCUCAACAGGAAUAGAAAGUAACACCCUAUAAAUAUUUCAGUUGGGUUUAACGCUGCUUUGAACAGUAUUACAGUUACAUCACGGCGUGGAAACCUGGGGGUGGGGUGGGGGCAGAAGUGAUGCAGGUCUUAGACGUUUACUACUUCGGUGAAACCCACGAGCUACGGUAUGGUCCUGACAAACCUAGAAACAUAUUCAGGGCGAACCAGGACUCGAACCCAUAAUCAUAUUAGGUUUUUGGCGUGCUCAAGGGACGCAAAUCUACACAGCCAAUCGCGGCACUUUAGACGAAUUGGCCACAGCUGAUUGUGAAAGCGUAGCCUAUUGUAAUACUAUCAUUGAAACAGUGUAUGCUGUUGAAACGAUUUAACAAAACGAUCAGCAUAGUAUUUGUAUCAACAUUAGACGAGAAAAUAUAAAUUCAUAUGUGUACCCUGUUAGUAAUUGUGUUUGCGGAUGCGGUGUCUUGUAUCAAUGUAAAUGUAGUUUAACACGCACUUUUUCUUGUGCAACAUGUUUUCUUUGUUUUUAUGGUAUAUGUACAUACGAAAUCAUUAUGACGAUAUUUUUUAAAAAUUCCUAACCGCCCUAGAGUGGUGUACAUGCCCUAGAGCGCUUUGCACCCGCUUGUUGCCGAAAAGCAAGGUUCCAGUCUCGCUCUAUCCACCUUUUUCCGCAUAUCGCAUUUCGCUGUCGGUAACCGUUGACCUAAUCCGUCUCACAGUCCCUGAACCAUCUCAUUUUCCGCCCAGCCCUUUCUGUAAUGCAAAAUCCCCAAAUAAAGCAAAUCUACGUUUUCCGCAGGUUCAGGAUCUCCCAUCUCACUGGGGCUCCUUUUCAAUAUAUCUCUAUCAAAAUUAUAUAUUUUCUGAGACCAAGCGUUAGUCUAGCGUUGACACAGAGUUCUGCCUGUCGAGAGAGACGGGGACAGGCCAUCAGCAGAUCGCUAUGACGAAGGCAUAAAGCACUUUGUGACAGCAUGAUAAUUGGCGGGUCAGGCUACUGGAAUAAACAUACAGUACGCUGAAGACAAGGGCGGUAACUCUUAUAGACAAGUAUUGUUCAUGGCUACAUAAAACAUGCGCACUCACAACGUUGUGGGUUUCAAUUUUAAUAAUAUAUGCAUGUCUCCACUGAUCUCGUACAUUAUAAGAUGAUAUGACAACAAUGUAACUAUUACUUUAAAGAGAUUAAUUAUGAAAAAGAUAACCUUGCUACUGUAGAUUCCCUUCUAUCCAUCAGGUUUACCACUAUGAUUGAGUCAACAUUAUACAUCUUGUUCCUUGGAAACAAUAACAUAUGUUUCAGGAAGUCAUGGAUGUAAAAACAUAUUGCUAGUUUUAUUUUUAUAUGUUUGUUUUCUGCUUUGAUAUUACAUAAAUAUUUACACUC